ACGCACACUUUGCUCCUAUUACGCCACAUGAACUCUGUCGCAUGCCAUGACCUGCCUUGCAGCUCCACGCCUAGCAAUCAGAGGCAGUCGUCAAAUAAAAGAGAACAGAAACUAUUCAAAGCUGUGGACCUCUCCCCGGAGGAAGGAAGGCAACCAAGUGCUAAACGUGAAGAGCAGGUUAAACCACAGUCAGCAUACAUUGAGCAGGGCAGUCGUGCUCGCUUGUCAACAGGAGAGAGAAAGGGGAACUGAGGAACAGGCACAAAGCAACAGAGCUGAUCUCUGAAAGGAUUGUGGGCAGUUGUGAAGCAAAGAGCGAAUCUUCCCAGGCUGUCGCAAUCCUUUUGCGGGAGGUUUGGCAUUCUCUGAAUCUGAAUUUCCUGAGCGUGGCUCGAGAAACCUUUUUGAAAAGAACAAGCGCUCGGGACAUCAAGAACUUUUGCGCACUCAACCCAGUUGGCGCUUCGGUCAUUAGACUCUCUGCAGUUGGGGAAGAAAGAAUCGCACAGAUGUCUUUGGGCGUAGAUCCAAAGAUUCAGCUGUUCAUAAAGGCCAGUGAUGAUGGGGCGAGCAUUGGAAACUGCCCUUUCUCACAACGCCUAUUCAUGAUCCUAUGGCUGAAGGGAACCUUCACCAUUAACACCGUGGAUAUGAAGAGAGACACAAGCAUGCUGAAAGACAUUGCACCAGGAUGCCAGCCCCCAUUCAUCCUUUUCAAUGGGGAUCUCAAGACAGACACUAACAAGAUCGAGGAAUUUCUGGAAGAGGUUCUUGUUCCACCAAGGUGCCCUCAUCUGGGUGUUCGUUACCACAAAUCCUCCGUUGCUGGAGAUAACAUCUUCCAGAAAUUCUCAGCUUACAUUAAAAGCCCCACAGAACAAAACAGAAACAUAGAGAAAGCGUUCCUGAAAACACUGGUACAGCUGGACGAAUAUUUGAAAACACCACUGGAACACGAGCAAACCAUCCCGUCAAAAAGACGGUUCCUGGACGGAAAUGACCUGACAUUGGCCGACUGCAACCUCCUACCGAAGCUCAACAUUGUCCGAGUGGUGUGCAUGCACUAUCGGAGAUUUAAAAUCCCAGAGGAACUUUCAGGUCUCUGCCAAUACUUGAGUAAUGCAGACAGCCGUGAAGAGUUCUUCAACACUUGCCCAAAUAAGGAAGAGAUCAUAAUGGCAUACAGCCAGGUUGCCAAGUGAUAAACUUUGACCACGAGUGACUUUCUUCAUUUUGCAUCUUUUUAUAUAUGCUUCAGAGCUUGCAAUCCUCGGUAACAUUUUCUGGUACAUCUUGAAUUUGAAGCAGCAAGGCAACUCACAGGAUAUUGUGUUCAAUUGAAGCUUGCAUUGUGUGUGUGUAUAUAUAUAUAU